UGAAUUUCCAGGAUUACACUCAAGUCUUGAUUCUUAAUUCUUUCUCCCAAUCUUUUCCCAGCUAAGAGCCGGUUCCAGAAAAGGCGAACUCAUUAAGAGAAAGAGAAAGAGAAAGGGGAAGAGGAAGAUGACGCUGGACGAUGAUAGUUCCAUCUACGUUGGGGGUCUUCCCUACGACGCUUCCGAACAAACUAUCCGCUCUGUCUUUCAUUUAUAUGGCGCCAUCCUUGAUGUUAAGAUUAUCAACGAGCACAGGGGCAAGUGCUAUUGCUUUGUUACUUUCACGAAUACUAGGUCAGCAAUUAAUGCCAUCAACGACAUGAAUGGCAGGACCAUUGAUGGGCGUGUCAUUAAAGUGAAUGGGGUGAGGACUCGUGGUGGGAGAUCAAAUUUCGGUAGUAGAGAGCGAUAUCAUCAUGCUGGUGAGAGGGAUGUCGACUGGGAUAGAGAUAGAGACCGAGGCUAUGAUCACGAUAGGGAUGGAUACAGGAAUAGGAACGGCCAUUGGCCUCGAGAACGCGAUAGGUCUCGAGACCCUGACCAGGAUAGGGAUAGAAGAGUUGAGCAUAUGCAUGAUCGUCAUCAUGAUGAUCAUGCCGGAGAAGCUUCCCUAGAUAAAGGUUGGAGUCGAGGGGAUGACCGUGCAGGAAACGGACAAGAUAAUGGCAGGGCAUAUAGUGAAGAUAUGGAUGGAGACCACAGCUUUGAUUUGAAUACAGACAGGAGGAUGGAUACCAGUGAUCGUGAUAAGAUUUUUGACGAAGAUAAAAAUGAACAGUCAAGGAGAAACAACGAUUUGAAUGUUAAUAACCAUCAUCACAUGCAUCUUUCAUCAGAUUCAAAUGGCAAUCAUAGUGAUCAGGUAGAAGAUGAAUUAAAGCAAUCAACUGAACAACUUGAUCAACUGAAAAAGGAGGUGUCGCAAAUGGGAGAGAGAUUGGAAGAGAAAGACUUCUUGUCAUGGACUUACAGAAGAAGUCUAGGGUACGGCUCUUCUAAUUGUCUGUCUUUGAUCAUAAAAUCUAAAUUGGAGGAGGCACUGACUAACGCAAAGAAACACACUUCAUAUCGUCAAAAGCAGUUGACCAAUCUGCAUAAAUGUUUUGUACAAGUAAAAGAGUGCACCGAGAGGCUUAAAACCAGCGAAAAAGAACUUCAGGCUAUAGUGGAUGCAUCAUCAAUGUUAGAGAAUGAUGGUGAUGGUGUUGGCUUUCAGGAUGGACAACUCGCAAAUGGCAGAUACUAAAUUGUAAUUUAUCAUUUGAGGUUCAGUUUGGGAUCGAUAUAGCUCAUAACAAUGCAUCCCUUUAUUAUGAAUUUAUUUAUAGUGGAUAUAGAGAGGGAAAAAAAAUUGGGGGUCAUCAGGACUCGAGAUAGAUUACAGUUUUCUCUUAUUUAAUUGAAAAAAUGGAGCAGUUUUCAUUUGUAACUCUACUGUCUUUACCAAAUAGUAUACUUCUUUUUUUUGUGUAUUUUUCAUUUUUUUUGGGCUUGGUGUUUUUCAUUUCUUGGUCGCAUGGUAUUGUUAAAUGGGUCGGAUGCAAUGUGAGCUGUUAUUGGACUGGGCAUGUCUGCUCUACUGGAUUGGAUUGAUCCAAAAACAACUAAAAAGACUGAAGAAAAAUAUCAACAACAACAAAAACGCCUUAUCUAUCUAAGUGAGGUCGGUUACAUGAAUCAAAAGAUAUUCCGCAAUUAACAGAGGCUGUAGGUGAUUCCAAGGUGAAAAAGCUCAAUUUGAUUAUCGGAAAUGGAUCCCUCAAAGUCCGUGUGCCAUGAAGCGGCGUUAGAGUUAGGCGGCACCUCUGUUUCAGGAAGUCAUCCUCGUGUUUCAGCGUUCUUUGAUUAGCUCAGAAUCAGAGCUCAUGUGAGAACGGUCCAACAUCUUCUCUCUGGCAUCCUCUAGCGGUGUCAUCUCUUCCCAAGUUGGCAGAAGCAAGCGUCGCGCCGCAGAGGGUCUUCUCUUGCGUGU